CCGAUUUCUCCCCCACCGUAGAUCCCAAAAAAUGGCGACUGCGAGAAACUUCAGCGGCGGCCGGGAAGAAGAUAGCUACUACGCCGACGAAGUGGAAGAGAAGACGACGACGGCGAGCAGAAGGAAGGUUGGCAAGACGAUGUCGUCUUCUAUGGAAUUGGAGCUGGAAUCAGUGGAGAAGAUCUUCGAGGCGAAGGAGGUGCCGCCGUGGCAGAAGCAGCUCACGUUCAGGGCGUUCGUCGUUAGCCUCAUCCUAGGGGUUCUGUUCACUUUCAUCGUCAUGAAGCUCAACCUCACCACCGGUAUAAUCCCGUCGCUCAACGUCUCCGCCGGAUUGCUCGGAUUCUUCUUCGUCAAGACCUGGACCAAGCUGCUUCAGAAGUCCGGCAUGCUCAAGCAGCCGUUCACUCGUCAGGAGAACACCGUCAUUCAGACCUGCGUCGUCGCCACUUCCGGAAUCGCCUUCAGCGGUGGUUUUGGAAGUUACCUAUUUGGAAUGAGUGAUACAGUUGCCAAGCAAUCCAAAGAAGCCAACAGCGCUCAGAAUAUCAAAGAACCAUCUCUGGGAUGGAUGAUUGGCUUCCUUUUUGUAGUCAGCUUUCUUGGCCUUUUCUCUGUGGUUCCUCUCAGAAAGAUUAUGGUGGUAGACUUCAAAUUGACCUAUCCAAGUGGCACUGCAACUGCUCACCUUAUCAAUAGUUUCCACACUCCUCAGGGUGCCAAGCUAGCCAAGAAGCAAGUCAGAGCAUUGGGGAAAUUCUUAUCAUUUAGCUUCCUGUGGGGCUUCUUCCAAUGGUUCUUCACGGCAGGGGAUGGCUGUGGAUUUGUGAACUACCCUACUUUCGGUCUCCAGGCCUAUGAACACAAAUUCUUCUUUGAUUUCUCUACCAUUUACGUCGGUGUGGGAAUGAUCUGUCCAUAUCUAGUCAACAUAUCUUUGCUAGUCGGAGCAAUAAUAUCCUGGGGUCUCAUGUGGCCUCUAAUCAAUAACCAGAAAGGCAACUGGUACUCUGCUGACCUUCCACCGAGCAGUCUCUCCGGCCUCCAAGGAUACAGGAUAUUCAUCGCCAUUGCCAUGAUCCUCGGCGAUGGUCUCUACAACUUCAUCAAAGUCUUCAGUCGAACCAUACAUGGGUUAUACAACCAGUUCUAUCGUAAAGACCCAUCCAUCACCACCGUUCUCCCCGUCGCCGGCGGCGGCAGCAACUCGACAUCCUCCACAACGACAACCCUUCCUCCACCACUGACCUACGACGAACAGAGACGCACCGAGCUAUUCCUCAAGGACCAAAUCCCAAUCUGGAUCGCCGUCGGCGGCUACAUCUCCAUCGCCAUAGUCUCCGCCAUCCUCGUCCCCCACAUAUUCCACCAGCUCAGCUGGUACCACAUCGUCGCCAUCUACAUCGUCGCGCCAGUCCUCGCCUUCUGCAACGCAUACGGCACCGGGCUGACCGACUGGUCCCUGGCCUCCACCUACGGCAAGCUCGCCAUCUUCACAAUCGGCGCAUGGGUCGGGGCGUCCCACGGCGGAGUCCUCGCCGGGCUGGCCGCCUGCGGCGUCAUCAUGAACAUCGUCUCCACGGCUUCCGACCUGAUGCAGGACUUCAAGACAGGUUACAUGACGCUCGCCUCGCCUCGCUCCAUGUUCAUCAGCCAGGUGAUCGGCACCGCAAUGGGCUGCGUCAUCGCCCCCUGCGUCUUCUGGCUGUUCUACAAGGCCUUCGACGACUUGGGCCAGCCCGGGUCCGAGUACCCGGCCCCAUAUGCUCUCGUCUUCCGCAACAUGUCCGUGCUGGGAGUGGAAGGCUUCUCUGCUCUGCCGAAGAACUGCCUGAUGCUCUGCUGCAUUUUCUUCUUCGCCGCCAUGCUCAUCAACGGGCUGAGGGACCUGGUCGGGCCGAGGUGGUCGAAGUUCAUACCGCUUCCCAUGGCGAUGGCGAUACCGUUCUACCUCGGCGGCUACUUCGCCAUCGACAUGUGUGUUGGGAGCUUGAUCUUGUUCGUGUGGGGGAAGGUUGACAAGGAGAAGGCGGAUGCGUUUGGGCCGGCGGUGGCGUCGGGGUUGAUUUGUGGAGAUGGGAUCUGGACGCUGCCGAGCUCAAUACUGGCGUUGGUUGGCGUGAAGCCGCCGAUCUGCAUGAAGUUUCUGUCGAGGGGAGUGAACACGAGGGUUGAUGCUUUCUUGAAGAAGAAUUAGAUUGAUGGAAAGUGUAAGUAGUGGUGGGUUGUAGUAGCAGACCCUUUGGGCCAUAUUCUUUCUUCCCCUCGUGUUGUGUAGUUACCAUCUCUUUCUUCUCUCGUGUUUCAGGCUUUCAGCAGUUGUUGAUCUCAUAUCAUGUGUAAUUAGAUUGAUAGUUGAAAAUCGCUACCAGAAAGAAAAAUUGAUAGUUGAAAAUUUAGUGUUUACAGGCGCAGGCGCCGAUAUAGAUCUUAGUAGUGCACGAGAUCUAGCAAGUCCUAUACAUGUUCUCUUCUGCACCUCAAUAGAGCAGUAUAGUAACA